GCAAUGCUAUCAUACGUAACCUUUCUUUCCUUCAAAAUUUCUUGUACGGUGUACACGUGUUUUCCGAUAUGGCACCCGUAGAAAAAGUUAAAGCAGCCCAAAAAACGGGCAAAAAAAAUAAAAAACAUCCAUUAAAUACUUACCUCCGUGGAGGAAUUUUACGUUACUCCAAAAGCCAGAUGUAUAAACGUCGAGCCUUAUAUCGUUUGAAGGGUACUAAGCGUCCGGUUUUCAAAAAAGCGAAAAUUCCUAUUAAAAAAGUUAAAAAAAUUGGAGGAGCUAAGAACGGUUCAGAACGUAUUGUUUAUAAGAAGAAACCAAAAGCCAAUUAUCCAACUAAAAGAUUUGUUAAGAAACGUCCGGCCAAGCAUUUCUUUAGCCAACAUAAGCGUAAUAUACGACGUAAUUUAAAACCUGGCACUGUACUCAUCUUAUUAGCUGGUCGUCAUCAGGGCAAACGUGUUGUUCUACUCAAGUCUUUGGCCUCCGGUCUAUUACUAGUAACCGGCCCGUUUGCGGUUAACUCGUGCCCGUUGCGUAGAGUUUCUCAACGAUAUGUUAUCGGAACAUCUACUCAAGUAAAUUUGGGUGAUUAUAAAGUGCCGGCUCAUUUAGAUGAUGCCUAUUUCCGUCGUUUAAAGAUCAAAAAAGAAAAGAAGACUGGUGAAGGUGACAUAUUCGCGAUUAAAAAAGAGCGAUUCAUGCCAAAUGAGCGUAAGAAAGAUCAGAAAGAGGUAGAUGCUGCUAUUAUUAAAGCCAUUAAAUCCCACCCUGAAGCGAAAUUCUUAAUCAAAUAUUUAAAGAAUAUGUUUGCCUUGCACUCUUCACAAUAUCCGCAUCGUAUGAUAUUCUAAAUUCAAAACGAAUUGUGGAAAUUUUUCUUAAUUGUGUAUAAAAAAAAAGUGAAAUAAAAGUGAAUGAAAAUCU